AUGAGGGAUUUUUACAUGAAUAUAGAUCUUGAAGCAGAAUUUCAUGAAAAAAGAUUAUCAAAGCAUAGAGAGAAUGAGAGUGAUGAGGUCAAUGAAGAGUUGGAUGUUAUAGAUAAUGAUCAAUGGGAUUUAUUGGAUGAGGGUUUUGAUAUAGAUAGGAAAAGAAGAGUUGUAAUAAAGGAAUUGGGGAAGGAGACUAGGUGCUCUCAAGGUGAGAUACACAAGGUAACUUUUAGGAUAAGACAAAAACACAAAAAUAAGAAGGAGUUAAAGGAAAAUAUACAAUUGCAUGCACUGGAAACAAGAAGGAAUAUAUUCUUUGUGAAAAACGACAAAAUGAGGUUAAGGGCAAUCUGUAAAGGAACUGUAGCCUUUAAUGAUGGUCAUGUGGGUGAACCUACCCCUUGUCCUUGGGUGAUACAAGGUUCUAGGUCAGAUGUAAAUAGUAAUUGGUUCAUAAAAACUUACAACCAUGAACAUAAAUGCCUCCAGACAAGAAAAGUUAGAUCUGCAACAACAAAGUUUAUCUCUAAGCAGAUAAUGGACCAGAUUGAAUCCAACCCAACAAUCCCAGUCAGAGCUCUUCAAGAACAACUUCAAAAGGAUUAUCAAGUUGGAUUCUCUAUUCACAAGGUAUCCAGGACCAAAUCUACUGCAAAAAAACUUGUCAAGGGUGAUUACAAAAAGCAAUAUGAUGUUCUUAGAGAUUACAUCCUGGAGUUGCAGUCUACUAAUCCAGAAACCAUUGUGAUGUUAGACUGUGAUUCAGAACCCAACCUAAGUGCUACCUCAAGAAGGUUUAAAAGGAUGUAUGUGUGUUUGGGUGGAAUGAAGAAGGGUUUUAGAGCUUGCCUGAGGGAUUUUCUAGGUUUUGAUGGGGCAUUUAUGAAGGGCCCUUUCCCAGGAAAAAUUUUAACUGUAGUUGGGGUAGACUCUAACAAUGGAAUAUACCCUCUAACUUAUGCCAUUGUUGAGACUGAGAACACUGAUAGUUGGAAGUGGUUUCUAGAGUGUAUUGCAGAUGAUCUGGACCUAUAUGCAAACUUAAACUUCACAUUUAUAAGUGAUAGACAAAAGGCUGCCAUUUCUCAAUUGUUCCCAUGUGCCGAGCACAGGUUUUGUCUCAGGCAUAUACAUGAGAAUAUGAGAAAAACAUGGAGAACUAAUGAGUAUAAAGAACACUUGUGGAAUUGUGCUACAACUACAACAUAUAUGUUUGAUCCUGAUAUUAUUGCGGUGUUUUCAGGUAGAGCAGUUUCAGAUAUGCUUCUGAAUAAUCUUUGUGAAGUUUUUAAUAACAAAUUGAUUGAGGGAAGGGACAAGCCGCUGAUAACCUGCUUGGAGUACAUUAGGGUGUAUAUGAUGAAAAGAAUAUGCAAUGUCAUAAAGGUGCAAAAGAAGUGUGUUGGUCCACUAACCCCAUCUGCAACAAAGAUCAUGGAGAAGAAUAUGAAUUGGGCAUCUCAGUACACAGCUAGGUGGAACGGUUGUAGGAAGUGGGAAUUAACAGGACUCCCUUGUAAGAAUGUCAUUGCAGUCCUAAAUGACAAAGUAGAUAAUGGUGAGGAAGUUGGAGAGCUGCACACUUAUGCCCACAGGGUGCACUGGUUAGAAACAUGGAAAGCAGCUUAUGUGUACAAGGUAGAGCCUAUUAAAGGUCGAGCAAUGUGGCCUAUAAGUGAAUACCCAAUUAAAAUCAUCCCUCCUCUACACAAAAAUCAGCCUGGAAGGCCCAAGAAAAAGAGGAGGCAAUCUGCUGAGGAGAAAAGCCAGAAGAAGGGAGACAAUGUUGCUAGUGGUAGUGGGAGUCAAAGCCAUAUUGCUAGUGGGAGUGGAAAGCUUACAAGAAAGUUUGUCCACGUAACUUGCAGCAAGUGUAAAAUUAAAGGGCACAAUGCUAGAACUUGCAAAGGCCAAGGGGGUAAGUGA